AUGGGACUGUUAGUAAUAAGAAAGAAUCCUGACAAGCUGCACUUUUAGCUUCUGUCCCGGUGUCAGACUGUAAUAGAACUCCAUGGGAACACAGAAAACCGUUUCUGAGUUCUCUUUGGUUUCCAACCACUUAGAAGCAUCAAGGUUUUGGCACGCUGUGCCCCUUUUCGCUCCAGCCUGUGUACGAUGGAGUUACCAGAACCAAAGAUGGCAGUCCGCACACUAAGGGUUGCAGCGCACUUUGAUGACGUCAUACUAUUGGUUACAGUCCCAGCGUCUUUAGCGACCGCUUCAAGCACAGGAUAAUAGGAUACUGAUAUGGCUGACUUAGUUUUAUGCAAACCAACAGAACUCUACAACAUCUUGAACCAAUCAACAAAGUUCUCCAGGCUGGCAGAGCCCAAUUAUUUGUGUCUUUUAGAUGCCCGUUCCAAGAGAGAGUACAAUGAGAGUCACAUUGUAACUGCCAGAAGGGCAAAGCAGGAUAAAGAUGAAAACUACUUGUUACCUGAAUCUGUAGAACUGGAAUGUGUUCGGUACUGUGUAGUGUAUGAUGGAAAUACUGCAUCUUUAAAUGAAACUGGUCCAGCUAUUAAAUGUUCCAGGGUUGUGGCACAGGUGUAUCGUUACCCUGUCUUAGUGCUGGAAGGAGGCUAUGAGCGAUUCUCUGCUUACUACCACUUCUUUAGGUCUCAGAAAGUGUUUUGGAUGCCCCAGGAAAUAGAGGAAUUUCUGUCUUAUCCUAUUGAAAUAAUCCCUGGUUUGCUGUACUUGGGUGAUCAAAGACAAGCUAAUGAUCGUCAUAUUCACAAGGAUUUGAAAAUUAAUGCUCAAGUAAAUGUUUCUCUAGAUCCAGAAAAAAAUCUUUCAUCUGAAGUGCACAAUGAACUGCAUAUCCCAGUCAUGGAUUCCUGUGAUUCAGAUCUUCUUAAAUUUUUCUCCAGAGCUUGUGAGUUUAUAGAUAAGCACAUGGGGACAAAUUCUGCAGUUCUUGUCUUCUCCAAGCUGGGAAUCAGCCGCAGUAGCACAGUGGUGAUAGCUUAUCUCAUAUAUUGCAAAAAGUACUUCUUAAAGGAGGCAUGGACCCAUGUCCUUACAUGCAAACCCAACAUGAGACCCAACAGAGGUUUUGUGAAGCAGCUGUCUGAGUGGGAGAACAUCAUUCUGGGACAGCAGAGCACAGACAUAGCUGACCCUCAUUACUGAUUUUCAGAUAUUUUUUAACAUUAAUUGACAGUAGACUAUGGUUCAAUUUGAUCCAGGCAACUGUAUAUAACAAUAUUACGUUUUCCAUUGUGGCAAAAUGAAAACAGUUCUUCAGGCCUCAUAUUUAACAGAGGUAACAGAACAGCAAUAAAAUGUGAGUAAACUACUGUA